AUGGCCUGUCAUUGCAAGUAUCUGAAGAAGAUCUUCUCCAGCUGCUGCUUCUGCUAUGCGCUGCGCACCGGGACACUGCUCUUUGGUUGCAUCUUUCUCACGUGGUUCGUUUACAUCGUGGCCGGCACCGCCUUCAUGAUGGAGUGCAUCUUCCCCAAUGAGUACCAGGAGAAGACACUCGUCGCUCCGGCAGCCCUCAAGACAACGAUGGUCUUCUCAUUCUUUGGCAUUGUCGCAGCCGCCCUGCUCUGCAUCGGAGUGCAUAAUAACAACGAAAUGCUCUUUACGCCCUUUCUAAUCUUCACACCAAUUUGGAUAGCGGUGCACAUCUUGGUCCUGCUCAUGUACCACCUGGUCCUGGUCAUAGUUCUACUGACAAUUGUCACAUCGGGUUUAUUGAUCUACGCCUGGCUGGUUAUAUUUUCCUACUACGUUGAGCUGAUCUACGCCUACGAUGAGGAGCUGCCACCAGGCUUUAUAUAGAGACCAGCUAAUACCUGGAAUACCUAAACGCAAAUGCACUGACUCAAAUGACUCUAUUUAUGUUUCGUUUAAAUUGAACUUCAAUAAAUUAUUCUAAAUUGUUGUAUGAGAAA